AGCACACUACAUGUGGUAAGGCCCUGGGGAGUCCACACGGUAUAUCGGUAUCAUAAACUGUCAUGAUGUGACCAUAUACAUAUUGGAGAAGUAUCAUCCGAUAAAACAGGCAGAAUGGCGGGCCGAAAUAGACACGAACAAAUAACGUGUGUCUGUGUGAUGUUGGUGUGUCUGUGUGUGAUACAUGUUUCAGGUGAAGCAUUAGAUACCGAUAUUUACAAAGUGUAUUCUAAGGGGAAAACUGCUUACAAGAAAGAGAAGUGGAGCUCGUGUGUUAAAUAUAUAGGAACAACAAUCAGUGUCUAUAAUCGUUACAAACAAACACUUCUAGAGUGUGCUGUCAAAUGUAAACAGGACCAUCUUUAUACAGAUGUGCGGAGCGAGUCCCCGAUGGACUAUAUCCUAAAAGGGAGUCUAUUAUCAAAACGAGACUGUUUCGUCCCGUGUCAACAAGCUACCACCACCAAUAUAAAGGACGGUAGACACAAAUCUUAUUUUCCUAAAGAAUUCGAACGUAUGAAACCAUACUACUACCUUCAAUACUGCCUAAAUAAGGUUACACAGGUCUACAAUGCAGCCUCAGCGGCGUACACGUUCCUGGUGAGGAACCCUGGGUAUGAUGACGUCCUGUCUACGUUAGGAGUAUAUCAAUACGAACAUAACAUUCCAGACUACGCCAUCAUGGACUUGGAGGAGCGACCCUAUAUGAAACACCGAAGGGAGGGAGAAACGGCCUAUCGAUACAGAAAAUGGGGCGAUGUCAUCAAACAUAUGGAAUCGGCACUGAAGGAGUAUUACCAGGAGGAGGAGAAAUGUCACGUUCAGUGUGACCUGGGUUACACCAGUAAUUCGUCUGGACUUACACAGAUCAUUGUAGAUGGAAUAUCCGCCGUCCUUGAAUGUCAGCGAGACUGUCACGCCUCUCUAAGUCAGCUGUAUGGCCACACGUACCCAGACUACCUCACAGACCACUACCUAUAUCUACAGACCGCGUACGUCCAAACUGAUGACUUCUCCAAUGCCAUCGAAGCUGCAAAAACAUACCUUACCUUCAAGCCAGACGACGAAACUAUAAUACGAUUGAAAAAUAACUACUUAGGGAAUAUUCAGAAGAGUGAUUCUGAAUUCAUGCCUAGAAAGGACGCCGUCCGCUAUAUCGAAACGAGGAAACAUAUUACACAUUUACUGGAGGAGUUCUUGGAGAGUGAUCAUGGUAAAACUAAAUACCACAGGAAAGAUGGCGACGGAGUGGAGUAUACUGAGGAAAUACAUUCUACGAAACCUGAACCCAGUGUUUUAGACGAAAUUGAUCACUUAUCAAGGCUGUAUGAUCUUCAAUUGUUUAACACAUCUCGUAUUCUGGAAAACUUGUUCAAGACAUUACGCUUUAAUGUGACAAUAUCGGGUGAAGCAUUAAAACACGAUAAACGCGUGGUUAUGGACGGUGUUACUACCAAAGAGGAGUGUGAUGACGUCAUGCGGAUAUCACAGAAAGGAAUAAAAAAUGCCGGUUAUCAUGACCAUUAUCCAACAGCUGUCCGACCUAACGUUGGGAAAGAAUUGUUUACAGGAAUCGACAUAAUGGAAUGCUGGAAUUUAGUAUUCCAGAAACAGCUCAAAGAAAAAGACGUUGACCUCCUCACGAGAUUAGCAGAAAAGGCCCGCCUACUUGUGAAACGCUGGUUCAAUGAAACAGACACAGUCUACCACGACUACACACAGUUUACUUGUAGAAAAGCACUUGAUGGUAAGCAGACGAAUCGUACAAGUGAGGACCUCAGCCACCCUAUUCACGGUGACAGCUGUGACUUUAACCCAGACUUAGGAGUAUGUUCUAAGGAAACUGCUGCAUACCCUUGGCGCACGUAUAGUGUCGUGGUUUAUUUUAAUGAUAAUUUCGAGGGUGGAAAAUUUUUCUUCGCCAAUGCAGACAAAUCCGAACAGGUAUCUAUUGUUCCAAAGUGUGGGCGUAUGGUGGCCUUUCCGAGUGACCAUAUACACGGGGUGAAGGCCAUCACUAAAGGACAACGUUGUGCGGCCACCAUCUGGUUCACGGCCACAAAGUCCCAUAAACGACACAAACCCACGUUUUCGGGCAUCAUCCAAUAAACUAUAUGUACAGUUCA